GGCGUUGGAGAGUUGACGUUAACGGUUUAUAGCCAAUAGCAGCGAACCUACUCAUGUUUGAAUGAAGAACAGGCGGUUGACGUUUACUCCUGCAGCAGUAGCCCAGCCACGCAAGCCCUCAUGUCCACGAGAAGAUCGCAUACAUUUGGAGAGACCAUGCCUUCAACAAGAUCUGGAGAACGCACCCCAUUGAAGUGUGUCCAGAAUGAAAUGCGCCAUCUCUCAACCCCAUCUUCUAGACUCAAAUCUAGAUCAGGGUCGGGCAGCAAUAUUCUCAAAACACCUAAGAAUGAUGCUGUGUUUAUCUACACAGACCCGUUAACACAUUGCCCUCCACCAGCUGAGGUCCUAUGCUCUCCUAGUGUUCCAAAGCCCAGUGAUAAAACUACUACCAGUGAUACAGCUCCUACCACUGAGGACACAGCUGUUGAUACAAGCAGUGGACUUGGAGACAUUACCUUCAAGUCCUUCAUCUGUGCUGGGGGUGAGGUUGAGGUUUCAGAGCCCUCAAGGGUUGUAGACGAAACCAUCUGGCUACCCAAGAAUCAACUGAACAUCUCUACUCUUCCUGGCUAUGAUGAUGAAAACACAUGUCUCUCUGACAGUAUGGCUACUCAAUGCUGCGACAACCAUGUGGAUCACGUCUAUUGUGAUUUGGAAAGCGAUUUGGCCACAACUGAAGCUGACCUGUCCUUUAAUGGGGGUUCAAACGCCAGUCUUAGUGUUCCACAGUUCACCGAUCUAGCCCACAUCACUGAGACUGUUACUGGCGGACAGGGAGAUGUAACGUUUAAAUCUUUCAUCUGCACCGGAGGGGAGGUGGAACUUUCCGAGGCUUCCAGGGUGGAACUUGAGACUAUACUCCUACCAAAGGAUCAGCCCGCAAACCACCAUCAGCCAUACAACGACAGUAUAUGUCAAAGUGUUAUAGUAGAUGACUUGGGCAUGCAGUCCAUCGAUGACCACACAGAUCAUCUCUAUUGUAAUAUGGCCUCUAGUGCGCACCUUUCCUUCAAAGAACCUACACAUUGUAGUCUUCAAAGUAGUACUUUGAAAUCCAUAGAGAUGGUCCAUACCAAUGAAGAGUCAGCUAGUGUUCAAAAUGCCACUGGCGGACAGGUUGAAGUCUCAGAGUCCACCAGAGCGUCCAACGACACUAUCCUCCUACCUGAGAAUCAGACUGUGACCAGUCAUCUACCGUACAACGACAGGGUCAACCCAAGCAUCAUAGAGGAGCAGUCCUCCGAUCAUGCAAAACACCCUUAUAGCCAUGUGGAAAGUGAAGGUGCCGUGUUGGAAGCAGACACCGCUGCCAUCAGUGAGCCCUCAAUGGGAAAUGCAUCCUUAAGGUCAUUGAAGGACCUGGGUGAUGUCGCCGGUCAGCAUUUCCCUGAAGGCCCCAAACAGGGUUCUUCUCUCCAUGAUGGAGACAGCGCCGUGGUUCCAUCUAUACAGUUGGAAUCUGACUGCUCCCAUUGCAAUGAGUUUGGAGCCUCGGCCAGGAGCUCCACACCUGUAGAUGAGGACAACCCAUCGAUAGUCUCUCACUCCCAUUCUCAUGGUUCAAUGCAGGAGUCCAGUGGGGCCAGAGACAGCGCGCUGGGUUCAAGCAGUAACGCUCCUCUUCUCUCCAACACUACAGACGAAGCGAGCUCUGAGAACAUUGCUGACGUGUUGACUGAACUACCCAAGAUCCCCUCUGUAGCGAGGUGGGCCGGCGAUGGUGAUGCUUUACAGUUUGAGACCUUCAGCCCUGUUCUUAGCACUACCCCCAUGACCAGAAGAGGGGGCAUUCAGAAAUCGCCUUUCGCCCAAAUGGAGGAUUCCGCUCUGGAAAACGGCAGGGGCUGUGUCCUCAACUCUGCUGAGGGUAGCUUCGUUGUCCCGGCCAACCCAGACAGCCGACUCUGGGCGGCCGUCCUGGAGAGCCCCAUGCCUCUACCCAAGUUCAACUCGACGGCAGUGGGUGCAGCAUCGAUCCGCAAGCCCCCUCCUUCUCCAGACCCAGUCACAGAGACUGUGGAGACGAGGCCAGAAGUGGAUGUACCUCAUGUAAAAUCCCAACCCAAGGUGGAGAAAGUAGAGAUGGGUCUUUUUGAUCAUUUACCAAGGUUGGUUUGUGAGGAGCCCUUUCAGCAGCAACUCAUCCAGAUGGCCCAAUUCCUAAUCCUGGCAUCGGGCAAGAUGGACCCUGUUAGCAACCCUGCCCUAGCCCCUACACCUGCUCCCGCCCCUCCUGUAGUGGGAACUACAGCGGGGUCCACGGCUGUAGAGUGCCACAGCAUGUGUGUUGGCACCACUCCAGUGAGGCAGGCAGACUGCAGUGCCAACACCUCUGGUCAGUUUGAGAGGAAGAGGGAGUUCUCUGUGUCUGACGCCUGUACUAGCACCGAGACUCUGCUCUGGAAUCUGGCCCCUGGGAGCCUGUGUGGGGUCCCCAGACAGGAGCUGGAGCAGAGGCUGACCUCCACUCUCAUCAUGGUGGAGGCCCUGGUGCAGCAGCUGUGCACAGCCAGGGUUCAGGGCCACUCUAGGGGCCCCGGGCCCUCAGAACUCAGGGACAAGCUGGUCCAGACCGACCACACUGAACUCAGCCAGACAGUAACCUACAAAGACCUCUAUGUGACGGCCCUGGAGAGGAUCAAGGAGCUAGAACUGGACCAGACCACUCUACAGAACCUGCUCCAUAGCAUGCAGGACACCAGGAGCACCAUGACAGCCCUGAGUGGAGACACUGAGGAUGCUCUCAGCAGCAUGAGGCAGAUAAGAGACCUGGUUAAAGAGGACCAGCAGAGCCUGGAUACACAGUAUGGUCAGAUGAAGUCCCUUUAUGAGAAGUGCAAGGAGACCCAGGGCAGGAUGGUGCAGAAGGUCCGAGACACCCUGCAGCAGAGUGAGGACAUGAGGAGACGGAUGGAGGAGGCUUUCACCGCCAAGGACGCAGCCUUCAGUGUGACCGAGCAGCUGAGGGCUCACUGUGCCGUGCGUAUCUCUGAGCUGGAGGAGAGUGUGGGAUCUCACCAGGAGCUGAUGGCUGCCCUGAACAAGACCUACCCAGAACAGGUUGCAUUGAGCAAGGCCUACGUGGAAUCCCUCGACUCUGCAUCUGAGCUCUUGAGAGGAACCAUGAGCGAUCACGACAGUCUGCAUCAAGAGCUGAAAACAGCCAGGCGUCUCCUCCAGAGGACAACUCCUAUACUGGUGAAGCUGAAUGAGAAGGCAGCCAACGCUAUAGGCGAGAGAGACCAGCACCUCUCGGAGAGAGACCAAGCUGUGGAGGAGAGAGAGCAGAUCCAAGAGGAACUGGACCAAACCAACAUGAGUCUCCAAGAUGCCAGACAGGAGAUUGGGGACUUGAAUCUCCAGGCCACCAUCAUCAAUUCAGAGUUGGGUGUUCUGCGUCAGAAGCUGAGUGAGGGAGAAGAGGAGCGAGCUCAGCUGGAGAGGAAGGUCACGGAGCUGUCUGCCACCGUCUCCUCUACCCUGGCCUCCUAUGCCUUCCUAGAGCAGGCCCUGGCUGCAGAGUCCACCAAGUUGCAGCAGUCAUGGCAAGAAGUCCAGCAAGCUACCGACAGGGCCAACCAGUAAGUGAACUCCUCAGCUACCUC